AUGCUGUCCACUCUUGGAUUUCGUGGGAGAAAACGCCCCAGACCAGUGGAGUUAUUUCCGAAUGGAUGUAGUAGUAGUACGAGUAGUGGUAGUAAAAAUAUGAAGUUUGGAGAUAUCAGACUUUAUUUAGUGGAGAAGAAGAUGGGAAGGAGCAGGAGGAGUUUUCUGACCAAACUGGCAGUGACAAAGGGCUUCAUAGUGGAAGAAGUACUCUGUGAUGAAGUAACCCACGUGAUCUCUGAGAACAACGAUGCUGCCUCCUUGUGGGUGUGGUUAAAGGGGCAGGGCCUGAAGAAUUUACCCAUGAUGCACGUGGUGGACAUCAGCUGGUUCACGGAGAGCAUGAAGGAGGGCCAACCUGUCGCCAUGGAGACUAGACACCUCAUCCAGGACAUUGAGAUGAAGACUUGUCCACAAUCCUCUCCUGAGUCCCCUGUGUCUCCAUACGCCUGCCAGAGACGGACCACAAUAGAAAACAAAAACAAGAUAUUCACGGACGCUCUGGAGGUCCUGGUGGAGCGCUAUGAACAGUCUGAGAUCGAGGGUCCGUGUGUGGCCUUUAGGAGAGCAGCGUCGGUGCUGAAGAGUUUGUCCUGGAGCAUAGAGAGUGUGAGGAGCAUAGAGGGACUACCCUAUGUGGGAGACAGCAGCAGGACUGUUAUACAGGAGAUACUUCAGUAUGGCCGCUCAUUUGAAGUGGAGAGAAUACUGGCAGACGAGAGGUACCAGACGCUGAAGCUGUUCAUGAGUGUGUUCGGAGUCGGACCUAAGACUGCAGACAAGUGGUACCGCCAAGGACUCCGCUCCCUCUCCCAAAUCCUCGCUCAUCCUGAUAUUCAGCUCAACCGGAUGCAGCAAAAUGGUUUCCUUCAUCAUUCAGACCUCUCCAGGGGGGUGAGAGCUGAUGAAGCCCGAGCUGUGGAGGCUUUGAUAGUGGAGACCGUCCAAAGUGUGGCCCCGGAUGCUGUGGUCACUCUGUCAGGAGGCUUCCGCAGGGGGAAAGAGUUUGGGCACGAUGUGGACUUUAUUGUGACAACAGCGGAGGCGGGUGGAGAGAGCCUUCUUCUGCCUCUGAUAAUGGAGAGAUUACAGGAGCAGGGUCUGCUGCUGUUUCAGGCCUACAACCCCUCCACAUUCGACCUGCAGAAGGUCCCCUGUCGCCGGUACGAAGCCAUGGACUUUUUCGCCAAGUGCUUCCUGAUCCUGAAGCUAGAGGGCAGCAGAGUGCAGGGGGGAGUGCAGGGGGAUAGAGGAUGGAGGGCAGUGCGAGUGGACCUGGUGGCUCCUCCAAUUGAACACUUUGCCUUCACUCAGCUGGGUUGGACUGGCUCACGGCAGUUUGAGAGAGACCUCCGGAGGUUCGCCCGCACCGAAAGAAACAUGAUUUUGGACAACCAUGCCCUGUAUGACAAAACCAAGAAUCAGUUCUUGGCAGCUCUGACCGAAAAGGACAUCUUUGCCCAUCUGGGUCUGGAGUACAUGGAGCCCUGGCACCGGAAUGCGUAGUCCUGCUCUCCUCUCCUGCCCUGCUCAUCCCAUCUGCUCAACUCUCUGAGAGAAAUGUGUAACAUGCUCUCAAAGUCCUGGUUUAGUCCUGGUUUAAACCUGGUUUAGUCCUGGUUUAGACCUGGCUUAGACAUGGUUAAGUUUUGGUUUAGUACCGUUGUAGUCCUCUCCUCUUUACUGGUCAUCCCAUCUGCUCAGCUCUCUGUGUGAAAUAUGUAGCACGC